AUGGCGGAGCCCUCGUCCGGCACCGGGUCGAGGGAUACCUCGAAAGACCGGACUGAAGGCGGCGGCAGAGGAGACUCAAAGCAGAGGCGAAGUUCACUGGCGAAAGAUUUUAAGGCUUUCCCUAAUCCAUCUCUAUAGGGAUCUCUCAACAGCAUGCGUCCCAAUACAAGGGAGACACUGACGCAGAUUCUUGAGGGAUUUCUACAGGGAUGAAUUGGGAAGAGAUCUAAGGACUUAGGACAAAGCUUACAGGAUUUAGCGCAGCAGAGGGAAUUCACAAAGCCAGCGUUCUUGCAGGAUGUAACUGUCGAUUGAAAUUUGUUCUCCUCUAUAUUUGCAAAUGAUAGUUAGUAGCCAUUUUCGUGCCUACGUCGUACUAAAAUCUGGUUUAUUGAUAUUUCUUUCCUAGCACGACCGUCCUGGUAUUGCAUCUACAAGAAUCACUCUAAAAUUUAUUACAACAACCUUCCCUCGUCCGAAGAAAUGGAAUCCAACCCUCCACUUGCUCCUUAGGUCCUCAAUCCAGUCCUAGAAGCGAUGGCAUUGCAGUAUUUUGAGAAAGAUGAGAUGGAGCAAUUGAGUACUUCUUAUGAGGACACCGUGAAGCAAUACAUAAAGUGGGUCCAGGAAAGUCAAAAUCUUUCACCACCCCCAGAAUACGAUGCCCCUGAUCCAUCAAGAGAAGAACUGCAGAGAUUGAGGGAUGGUACUACAACUGUCGGGAUUUACCCUCAUUUUUGGGUAGAGCAAGCACAAGCUAUUGAUCUAAUUAUAAAUUUUUCGUUCCUUUAAAAGUUGUCCUAUACAGAAGAAGGGUAGCCUAUACAGAAGAAGGGUAGCCUAUACAGAAGAAGGGUAGACUAUUGUUGUCCUACUCCUAUAGAAGAAGGCAACUCCCAACUCCUUUUUUGUCCAUUAAGGUCUACCUGAUGAUUUGGGUAGUACAUCAGUCAGUCACGACUCACUCAGGUAUCAAAGAGCUCCAGCGAAAGUUGCAGGACAUCGAAAAGAUCGAAGAGGCAUCUACUAAGCCAGGCGUCGACAAGCUGAAGUUAAGGCUGUUGCCAAUCCAUCUUUGGAAGCAUCUUCCUACUCCCGUUUUUCUGUUGCCAAUCCAUCUUUGGAAGCAUCUUCCUACUCCCGUUGGUUUUUAAAGGGAAAAGAGGAGCCAAGAGGCUGUUGAAGAUGGAUUUAAUUUCGCUUAGUUCUAAUGAAGCAAGGAGUGAGGAGAUUAUCAACAACCCGAAGGCUAAGCAAAGCGAUUGGAGGAGCUUCUGGUGGUGGAGGGGGUGGCUCGUAGUUGAGUUGCUACUUCAGAAGUCUAACUUCGCGUACAGUGUAUGUGAAAUAUAAUGAGCACACUCUCGUUUCGAUUUCGUGCAUAUACUUAUAUGCUUAUUACAUGUGUUGAUUCAGGAUCCUCGAUUGAUUAUUGUUUAAAUGGCUUCUAACUGAGAUUCAUACAGGAUUGAUGUUACACUGCAGAGAAAUAAUGCAAGGUUUCUCGUUUUCAAUUUUGAGAAUACAGCUCAUAGAUGUGGUGCUCAUACUGUGUGGGGACCGUCGAAAACGACGAUAAAGUAUGGCGAAUCCAUUCCACGGAAAAAUAAAGAUGCUGGUUCGUUGUAUCAGAAAGUGUAUAAUAUAACAAAUGAUACCCAAAAAAUACCAUACUGACAAAAAAGAGUGGAGGAAGGUGUCACAUCUGAGGGACUGAGUAGAAC